CUCGUCAACCGGGGAGGCACAGGUGCAGGCCCGCUCCAGUGUCCUCAUGGGUGUGGCCAGCACCAUGGACACCUCACGGGCUCUGCUGCUCUUCCUGCUCCUGGCCUCCGGAGGAGGGGUCCUCACCCACAGAGCCUCUUCUGGAGUUCAGCAAACCAAUUUCUCCCUGGACUCAGAAAGCUCUUCCCAGGGCCCAGGUUCAAAAGUCUCCUCCAUCAAACCCCCCAGCUGGAAAUUUCCAGAUCAGUCUCCAGGUUCAAAAAGCACUGCUGCCGUCCCUCAUUCCAAAUGGUUUCCUGAGGCCUUGAAUUUUAGCGAUGUGCCCAGGUCCGUCUGGUCAGAUGUUUCUGCUGAGGACCAAAAGCUGAGCCUGGAUCCUACCUUCUCUGAAAUCCUGGAUUCCAAAGUAUUUUCUGAUGUUGUGGGUUCUCAAGUUCCUGCCAAAGACUCAGAGGCCUCCUCCUCUGUUAAGACCCCAGCUUCAAACAUUUCAGCUCAAGUCCCAGAUCCUGAAGUAUCUGUUGAGACCCCAGGUUCAAAAUUCUCCCCUGAGGAUCGGGAUCUUGAAAUAUCUGCCCAGAACCCCGAAUCCAAAGUCAUCGCAGUAGCCCACCCAGAGGAAAGCCUCCCCCAGCAAGUGGGGAGGCCUCUCUCGGUGCUAGUGGGGACCACCAUCCGGCUCCCUCUAGUUCCGGUUCCCAGCCCUGGCCCUCCUGCUCCUCUGGUUGUCUGGCGCCGAGGCUCCAAGGUGCUGGCAGCCGGAGGCCUGGGGCCAGGGUCCCCCCUGAUCAGCUUGGACCCUGCUCAUCGAGACCGCUUACGAUUUGACCAGGCCCAAGGCGGGCUGGAACUUGCCUCUGCCCAGCUGGAGGAUGCUGGGGUCUACACUGCCGAGGUUAUCAGGGCUGGGGUCUCCCGGCAGAUUCGGGAGUUCACGGUGGGUGUGUAUGAGCCGCUGCCCCAGCUGUCCGUGCAGCCCAAGAGCCCCGAGACAGAGGAGGGGGCGGCCGAGCUCCGGCUGCGCUGCCUGGGGUGGGGGCCGGGUCGCGGGGAGCUGAGCUGGAGCCGGGACGGACGCACCCUCGAGGCAACGGACCCUGAGGGAGCAGAGCCACGCCGGAUCCGCACAGAGGGCGACCAGCUGCUCAUCAUGCGCCCUGUGCGCAGCGACCAGGCCCGGUACACUUGUCGCGUCCGCAGCCCCUUCGGCCACACGGAGGCUGCGGCCGACGUCAGUGUCUCCUACGGCCCGGAUGCACCAGUCAUCAAGGUCUCCUCGGAUCGCGACGCCGCCCCCGCCCGCUAUGUCACCGCGGGCAGCAACGUGACCCUGCGCUGCACCGCCGCCUCGCGGCCGCCCGCCGACAUCGCGUGGAGCCUGGCCGACCCGGCCGAGGCAGCGGUGCCCGCCGGCCCGCGUCUCCUGCUGCCCGCGGUCGGGCGGGGCCACGCCGGCACCUACGCCUGCCUCGCCGCGAACCCACACACCGGCCACCGCCGCCGCUCUGUGCUCCACCUCACGGUGGCGGAUCUGCCUCCCGGGUCCCCACAGUGCUCAGUCGAAGGCGGUCCGGGGGACCGCAGCCUCCGCUUCCGCUGCGCGUGGCCCGGCGGGGUCCCUGCAGCCUCCCUGCAGUUCCAGGGUCUCCCUGAAGGCGUCCGCGCGGGGCCGGUGCCCUCUGAGCUCCAGGCGGCUGUCCCCGCCCACCCCCGACUCAGCGGCGUCCCCGUCACCUGCCUCGCUCGCCACCUGGUGACCACGCGCACCUGCACUGUCACCCCGGAGACCCCUCGGGAGGUGCUGCUGCUUCCCACAGUGGAGGAAACACAGUCAGGGGAGACAGAGGUGGCGCUCGAGGCCACUGGCUGUCCUCCACCAUCGAGAGCAUCUUGGGCCCGGGAAGGGCGGCCCGUGGCCCCAGGAGGUGGGGGUCGCCUGCGGCUCAGCCAAGAUGGGCGCAGGCUCCUCAUUAGCAACUUCAGACUGGACUGGGACCUGGGAAAUUACUCCGUGUUGUGCAGCGGGGCUCUGGGUGCUGGGGGCAACAAGAUCACGCUCACUGGACCUUCCAUCUCCUCAUGGAGGCUGCAGAGAGCCCAGGAUGCAGCAGUGCUGACUUGGGAUGUGGAACAUGGGGCCCUGAUCAGUGGUUUUGAGAUCCAGGCACGACCAGAGGGCCCUGACCUGGGUAGAUCCACUACCUACAAGGACUGGAUCUCCCUGUUCAUCCUGGGGCCUCAGGAGCGGUCAGCUGUGGUGCCCCUUCCUCGUCAGAACCCCGGGACCUGGGCCUUCCGUAUCCUGCCCACCCUGGGGGGCCAGCCAGGGACCCCAUCACAAAGCCGAGUCUACCAGGCCAGUCCCACCCUGGGCUCUGGGGCCAUUGCUGGCAUCGUCCUGGGCUCCCUACUUGGCCUGGCGCUCCUGGCAGCACCUCUCUACCUGUGUAUCUGCUGCCUGUGCAGCCUUAGGGGAUACUCUUUUAAGAAAAAGAAGCAUCCCUCCUCCUUGACCCCUGUGAUUGCCCCACUGGAAAAAAAGAUGCAGAGCGUAACCCCAGUGCAGACCUCACAGCCUCUGCCCCUCAAAGUCCCACUGGAGGACCCUAGCCCAAACAGGGCCCACCAGGCCACUGGCCCCAGUCCAGUCAUCUCUACGGGUGGGGGCCCAAGGACUGUUCGGGCAGCCACACAGGUGUGACCAGGGCCCGCUCUGCGCAGGAUUUUUUUUUUUUUUUUUUGGUAGGACCUCCUAUUUCACCCCAACAGCAGGCAGGGCCUUCCUGUCCUGCUGUGACUGAAGACUGGCCCCUGAACAUGAGACUUCCUGUCUCCCUCUCAGCGCAGAAGACUACUUGUAUUUGUGCAACUAAGGAGCUGUGGCUUCUGGGUUGGGAGAGACUCCUGCUGAUCUACCCGUGUGGUUUGCAAAACCUCCAGGCAGGCAGGACCUGCAGGCUCAGUAGUGGACAGGCUGGUGGACAGGCCGGGCUUGUCCAAGCCCCAGGAGGGGCCCAGCCUCUUUCUCUCAGAAGGUCUUCCUACAUCCGCUUGUCUCCUCCAGGCCAUGCCCCAUCCAGUUCCCAGCGUCUGCAGCUUAAAAUAGCUCAGACCACGUCCUCUCCUCUUUAAACCCUUCUGGGGAUGCCCAUUGCUCUUCAGAUAUUGUCCUGACUCCUCACUAUGAUUUUCAGAGCCCUGUGGUUUGACUUCUGUUGACCUCUGACCUCCCCUUCCUGUACUUUCACCCCUGCUACUCAAUUUCUGUCCACACAGCUCUAUUUUGCCUCCGGGGCUUUGCCCCAGAGUUUGCUUUGCCUGGAACACCACUCUUUGCCCCAGGUUAUUCACUUCUCAAGUAUAAUGGUAAUUGAGCUACAGUGAUUUAUAGGAAAUAUAUAUUUGGUCAUUCAGAUGACCAAAAUAUGUUUCUCAGAUAUCUUUGACCUUGCUUGAUCCACAGUUCUUGAAAACGAUUCAGAGCCACAAAGGUGAAAUGGGUGUCUUGUUAUUAAUGAAGGUGACUUUUGGGUCCCACCCAAAGGUGGGGCUGGUGGCCUGGAGGACCAAACCUGUGAUUGGAAGACUGGAACUUUCCCAAACCCCUCGCUGCCCCCCCCCCUUUCCAGGAGGGGGAGGGAAUGGAGGUUGAAUCAGCCAAUGGCCAGUGACUUAGUCAAUCAUGACGAUAUAAUGAAGCCUCCAUAAAAACCCAAGAGGAUAGCCUUGGGUCCAUUUCCGGAGAGCUUCCACGCUGGAGGAACCAGAAUGUUCCUCUGUACCACCAAGCUCCACAAGAACAGACGCUCCUUUGUUUGGGAGCUUGCCCUGUGUAUCUCUUCAUCUGGUUGUUGAUUCAUAUCCUUCCUCAUAUCCUUUAAUAAACUGGUAAAUAUAAGUAAGUGUUUCCCUGAGUUCUGCCAGCCAGUCUAGGAAAUUAAUCAAAUCCAAGGAAGAGGUCUUUGGAACCU